AGCAACCAGCCAGUCAGUCCGCAAAGAGAAACCACUGGCGAGACUUUUGAGACAGCACAACAGGACGGGGAAAAACGAGCCGGUAAUGUGGAGUCGUCUCCCGGAGGACAGCACCAACUGAGCCCGAGGACCGUGAACGGAAACAACCGAGCUAAGGGAGCUGUCAUUUUUAACUUAACGGGUCCGCCGGCUCGGCUCUUCAGUCACAGACUCCAGACACUUCGGCUGGCAGGUUAGCUAACCGCCGCUAGCUACUCGGCUAACACCCACCGCUCCUCGCAUCGUUUCUCACCGGGAGAAACGGCACCUGUCCCGGCUGUCAGUUACACAGUAUACUCUUAUAAACUCAAAACAAUGUGGUGCUCAAUUCUGAAUGACUUUUCACGCCCGAAGAGGGGGUUAACACACACUUUGCCACGCGACCAGUGAUAGCUAACUAAACAGUCCAAGCUAACAAGUUGACGUGGAGGAAGAACUCAAGACUUUUUUUUUUUUUUUUUUUUUUUUGUCGACAUUGUUGAUGUUCUCCAAACUGUGAUUUCAUACGGAUUACUUUUUGUUGUUGUCGUCUAAACCCCUGAAGUGAUCUCUGAAAACAAACCAAGCUAGUUAGCUAUGUUUAUUUGUGGCCAGAAAGUAAUUUCCAGUGUUUACAAAUUCCACAGUGGGACUCUUUCCUGGUUCGAGUACUGCACCGGGAACAUUAGCUAACACAGACUAGCUCACAUUAGUGUCGUCGUGUUGUGUUUACUAGAUAGAUAGAAAUAACUGUUGCCAAACUAUUCUGAAAAUCAGCUUUUGAUUGUUAAACCAAUCUUGUACCUGCAGUUUUCUUUUUGCCACCAGUGAUCUGACAUUACAGGUUUUGCACCUGGAACACAAGAACUGACAAAGUGAGUGUCUGAUCGCGACCCUUUUACCUCCACUUGACAGUGAAGUCACGUUGAGUUGUUUCCCGCAGGGAGUUGAUCCAUUGAUCGGAUCGUUAUUGUGCUAUUUUAGCUGAUUGAGUAAAAAGGCAGAGAGAGAGAGAGAGAGAGAGAGAGAGAGAGAAGCGAUGUCGGGCCAAUCUAUCACGGAUCGGAUCGCAGCCGCGCAGCACAGCAUGACCGGGUCUGCGAUCAGCAAGGCUGUGUGCAAAGCCACCACGCAUGAAGUCAGCGGACCCAAGAAAAAACACCUCGACUAUCUGAUCCACUGCACCAAUGAGAUGAACGUGAGCAUCCCCCAGCUGGCGGACACGCUGUUCGAGCGCACGGCCAACUCCAGCUGGGUGGUGGUCUUCAAAGCCCUCAUCACCACCCACCACCUCAUGAUGUACGGCAACGAGCGUCUCAUCCAGUACCUGGCCUCCAGAAACACUCUGUUUAACCUCAACAACUUCCUGGAUAAGGGAGCUCUGCAAGGUUACGACAUGUCAACCUUCAUCAGACGAUACAGCCGUUACCUGAACGAGAAGGCCAUGUCCUACAGACUGGUGGCUGUGGAUUUCACCAAGAUGAAGAGGGGGAUUGACGGUGUGAUGCGUACCAUGAGCACAGAGAAGCUGAUCAAGACGCUGCCCAUCAUUCAGAACCAGCUAGACGCUUUGCUGGAUUUCCAGUCGCUUUGUGUGGAGAGAUGUGUUGACUUCAUAGCAAAGGAGGAGAGAAAACUCCCUGGAAUAUCAACUGUUAAACUGUUCCACCAGCCAGGGUGUGGAGGGACCACACUGGCCAUGAAGGUGUUGUGGGACUUGAAAAAAAACUUCAGGAGUGCCGUUUUAACAGGUUCAACCUCAGACAUACCAAAAAUAGCAGAGGAGGUGGUCUGCCUUUUCACAGCAGGCAGUGAAGGCAACCAAAACACUGUGCUGCUGUUAGUGGAUGGUGAGAAGAUUUUGGAAGAUCUGCAAGAAAGCAUUAUGAUGACGAUUGCUGAGCAGAAGAUUGUCACUCGUAUGCCUGUGGUUAUUUUACUCAGCCUUGUUAGAGAGGAUGCAGCUUUACAGACUGGCCAUGUCUUCCUACAAGAGGUGCUUUCUGACACAGAGAAGAAAACAUUCAAUAAGAAAAAGAAGGAGCUCAACAGAAAGUACAGGGAUAAAUGCAAACAAUUUCAUGGCUUUAACAUAAUGCAAACAAAUUUCUCUCAGGCUUACAUCAAGGAGGCGUGCUCUGUUUUCAAAAGCAUCAAAAAAACAAGCGUACCUCAGGAGACACAGCUUGCUGCCUUCCUAUCCCUGAUGAAUGCCUAUGUACCAGGCUCAUAUCUCCGGGAGUCUCAGUGCCUGAACUUCUUCAAAAAAGGAUGCUUGCCACUGGAGGACAGAAUGGAGCCCUUUAGCCAUCUCAUCAUCACCUUCCAACAAGAUGGCUCUGAAAGAAAAGUCUGCAUGGCUCACCCAUUGAUAGCAAAGUGUUGCACUGAAGUGAUGGCUGAGGCAGGGUCCAAGAACACCUUCUUAAAGUUCAAUGGGGAAACACGAAACUACAGAGUCUAUGCAACUAUUGGAGGCACCAGCAUUGAGGUGGAUGCAAACCUCCGAAACAGCCUCUGGAGAAAAUGCCAAGUUUCCUUCUACCUUGGAUUUACCAUCAAAGGUCCUGUAGCCUUUGCCAUCCACACUAAAACUGCAGAAAAGGGAAUCUCAAGGAUGGAUACCUCAGAGUUUGGAGCUUGUUCCGGUGAAAUGGACUCCAAAGAUUUGACAAAACUUCAACCUGCAGUCAACAGAGUGGAUGAGGUUCAAACCUAUAGCCUACAGUCUCAAGCAGGCAACUAUGAGUGCAGUGUGUCUGCCCUGCGCUGGGUUUGUAAGGAAGAAGUCAGCUUCAAAUACAAGUUUAGCUCAUGGGAUGAACACAUGAAGAGGCCUAUCUGUACGGAUUACAUGCCAGCAGGACCCCUAAUGGACAUCACCGUCACAGCUGGGAAGAUGGAGGAGGUGCAUCUGCCGCACUGGAUCUGUGUAGAUCAAAACUCUACAGUUUUAGACAAGUUUGCGGUUCUACAUGCGGAUACCUUUGAUGUUCUGGAGAAGGUACCUGAAGUGAAGUCGUCCCACAUCAAGUUUCUCCAGCCCACUUUCCCUAGCAGGGGGGUCAUGAUCCGGAAGGAACUGGGCCUCCCGUUCUACUAUGACGUGUUGAUAUACAAGACAAACAAAGAGUUCCUCACAUUGGAUGUUUACCUGGUGCCACGGGAUUCUGCUCUGCAACAGGAUGUGGAACAAAAGCAAAAGUCUUGUGGAUCAAUAUUAAUCCUAAAACCAGGCCCAGACAAGUCCGUGCAAUUGGGAGAUCAUUUCUCCCUCACAACAGACAAGACGGAUGCAAACAUUCAACCCAGCACACGAGAGCUCAGAUGUGAUGGUAGAAAUUACUUUGAGGUGUUCAUCAGAGAUGCAGACAGCGACUUCACCCUCAGGCUUCAAAGUGAGCAGAACACUGUCUGGACCUGUACCAUUCAUAAAGGAGAUUACCAAAGUCAAACUACUGAUCAUAACGAAGGUCAGCAUUGUGUGGAUCGCCAUCGGACAGCUCUGUGAUUCUGUGAGAGCCUUAAAAACCAAACAAAACCAGAUGAGGGAGAUUCACACGCGUGUGACUGCAGCCGGCACAAAGAGCCAAAGAGAAGCCAAAGAUGAUCUCUAUGAAAUCCUUAAAGGGAUGAAGAGUAUGAAGCGUCUUGUUUCUGAGCUGGAGAGAUCAGGGUAAAGUCAGUGAACGUAAAAAGAAGUCUUGUUGCUUUGGAAGUGGACGCUGGACAUAAUGUUACUGAUGAAAUGUUGCUGUUUACUUGAUGUACUGGACAAGCAACGAAGCACUCAGUAGAAAAUAAUCUUUUUUUAUAUUGUUUUCAUGUUUAAUUUGUUUCGUAAAUAUUCAGUGUUUUACAUUUGGCCAAAUGGGUAAAUCAAACCCAAUGUUAUUGUGAAGGACACUUUUAAAGACACAGUUUAUGUUUAAAUGUUGUUUAAUAUGUGACAGUUCUAAAGCUUUGAUGAGUAGA